AUGCAAAGACUUACAUGGCUGCAGUCAAAACUCCAGGCGCAGCUCCAGUUGCAUGCUCAGUGGACAUCACUCACCAUCCAAAAUGAGCUACUUGCAAUAGUGUCAGACCUUGUGCUUGAGAGAAUCACGACAAAAGUAAGGAAGAGUGGCUACUUUGGGAUCAUCAUGGAUGAAACUUCAGACGUCAGUAGAACCGAAGAGGUAUCCUAGUGCCUCAGGUACGUUAUCAAUGGUGAGACAAAAGAAAUUUCGUUGGUUUCUUUGCCACUGCUUCUACCGAGGGAGGAGUUCUGUACAAACUCGCAAAAAUAGCCAUAAAUAGGCUGGAUUUAAGGUUGGAAAACAGUAUUGCCGAAUGCUUUGAUGGCGCUGCGAACAUGAGUGGGAUUUGCAAGGGCCUUGCUACGCGUAUGAAGGAAUGUUCACCUCUCGGAAUAUGUGUACAUUGUUAUGGUCAUCUUUUAAAUUUGGCUCUUAAGGACACCAUGACUGAAAUUGAAACUCUCCGUAAUGCCCUCGGUACUGUCCAGAGUCUUUACAAUUUCUUACACGGGAGUACCAAGUGCCAUGCGUUAUUCAAGGACAUUGAAGUUCAUGAAGAGGAUGUUGCGCUUACAUUAAAAUCUUUAAGUACCACUAGAUGGUCCUGUCGCUGGGCAGCGGUCACUUUAUCAAAGGAUCGCGAUCCCAAGACCCACAAUGAAAGUAAUUCGCUUCUCCACUCAUUUUGUGACUUUGAGUUUGUUUAUGGCUUAAUGUUUUUGAAGCUCAUCUUAUCAAACACUGAUAAUUUGUGUAGAUAUCUACAGGGAAAACAGAUGGAUGUCAUCACUGCCAAGAAGACUGCUGAUGCUGUCGUUAAGACACUGAGCAAUUGUCGCAAUGAAGAGAGCUUCACUCAGAUGUGGUCACAUGCUGAUGUUAUAGCGCAAAAAAUCAGAAUAGGAAUCGAGGGUACAAAAUUUACCUUCAGAGAUGCCAAGGUGCCUCAAACCAGACCAUCACGCCGACGUCAGGGCCUUACUGACGAGACACCUGCUGCAGCGAAUGACAGCUCACAACAGACGGCAAAAGACCACUUUCGUAUCACAGUUUAUUACACAAGUAUUGACAAAGUCGUCAGUGAACUUUAA